UCCUCCUGAUGCAGCCUGGUUAUGUAACAGAGAUAUGAUGAAAGCUGUGUGGAGGGAGCGCGCCUGUGCUGCUCUGAUAUGUCCGCAUCCAGCAUCCUGGUGCGGGCUCGGUGCCAGAGGGAUGCGGGAUGAUGCGGUGGGGGGGGAUGGGUGGUUACAGAUGCCAUUGGUCUUUAUGUAACAGCAGCUGGCUCACGCUUCAAAUGAGUGACUAACCGGUGGCAGCGUGGGGCGCACCGCAGAGCAUCAGUGGCUGUUUACCAGUCAAACCUGGCGCUGUCCGGUGUGUGUGUGUGUGUGUUGUUAGAUGGGGGGCCGGAGGGGGGCGGAGCCUCUCCAACAUGAGUAAAUGACGUCAGCUCCCAGGUCGCCGAGCAGAGAAACAAACAUGGCGACAGAAUGGAGCGGCCAGCAGGGUUACGCUCUCACCGUCAUUAUCUGCCUGUGGAGCGCGGUGGGCGGCCGGACGGAGACCGCAGCGGCGGCUGGAUCCGCCCGGGUCAGCGGCGGGAGCCAGGUGCUCGGCAUGCGGGUGGAGAGGAGCGACAAGCCGUCCAGCACCAAUGACGACGGUGUCAUCCAGGUGACCGAGGAGAGCACCGUCCUGCUCCGGUUCUACGGGGUGCAGCUCCACUCGGGCGCCUGGACGCAGAUCCGCUUCACGGAGGUACCGGAGAGCGGCGGGGAGGAAGAGGAGGAGGAGGAGCAGGAGGAGGCGGUCUCCGCGGCCAGGGGAGGCAGCGGCAUGAUGGACACGCCGGAGCGGACAUGUGUGGACUUUACAAAGGACAUCAAAGUCGGGAGCUACAUGAACGUGUCCAGCCGGGGAACCUCCGGGCUGCUCAGCGUGCGCGUUAAGCCGCUGCGUAAAAGCGAGCCGCAGAAGGAGUACGCGCUGUGCACGCUGAGCCAGGAUGGCUCCAGGUGGCUGAUGCUGGGGGAGAACGACGGCAGGGUGCUGGUGGUGGAGGAGAAGAAGUCCCUGCUGCCCAUGUGGCUGCAGGUGAUCCUGAUCUCCUGCCUGCUGGUGCUCUCCGGGAUGUUCAGCGGCUUGAACCUCGGGCUCAUGGCGCUGGACCCCAUGGAGCUGCGCAUCGUCCAGAGCUGCGGCACCGACAAGGAGAAGAAAUACGCCAGGAAGAUCGAGCCUAUCCGCAGUAAGGGGAACUACCUGCUCUGCUCCCUGCUGCUCGGAAACGUCCUGGUCAACACCACCCUCACCAUCCUCCUGGAUGACCUGAUCGGCUCCGGCCUGGGCGCGGUGGUAGCCUCCACCAUCGGCAUCGUUAUCUUCGGGGAGAUCGUCCCUCAGGCGCUGUGCUCCCGCCACGGACUGGCGGUGGGAGCCAACACCAUCAUGGUCACCAAGCUCUUCAUGCUCCUCACCUUCCCGCUCUCCUUCCCGGUCAGCAAGCUGCUGGACGUCCUGCUGGGUCAGGAGAUCGGCACCGUGUACAACCGGGAGAAGCUGGUGGGGAUGCUGCGGGUCACGGAGCCCUACAACGACCUGGACAAGGAGGAGCUGAACAUGAUCCAGGGAGCCCUGGAGCUCCGCAACAAGACGGUGGAGGACGUGAUGACCCCGCUGGCCAACUGCUUCAUGAUCCAGGCGGACGCCGUGCUGGACUUUAACACCAUGUCGGAGAUCAUGGAGAGCGGCUACACGCGCAUCCCCGUGUUCGACGAGGAGAGGUCCAACAUCGUGGACAUCCUGUACGUCAAGGACCUGGCGUUCGUGGACCCGGACGACUGCACCAACCUGAAGACCAUCACCAAGUUCUACAACCACCCGGUGCACUUUGUGUUCCACGACACCAAGCUGGACGCCAUGCUGGAGGAGUUCAAGAAAGGUAAAUCCCACCUGGCCAUCGUCCAGAAGGUGAACAACGAGGGGGAGGGGGACCCUUUCUACGAGGUACUGGGACUGGUCACCUUAGAGGACGUCAUCGAGGAGAUCAUCAAGUCAGAGAUCCUGGACGAGUCGGACCUCUACACCGACAACAGAAACAGGAAGAAGGUGGACCCCCACAAAAACAAGCCAGACUUCUCAGCCUUCAAGCAGGACGGCGACAGUAAAGUGAAGAUAACGCCUCAGCUGAUGUUGGCGGCACAUCGUUUCUUAGCCACAGAGGUGAACUUGUUCAGCCCGUUCCAGAUCACAGAGAAGGUCCUGCUGAGGAUCCUCAGACACCCACAGGUCAUUCAGGAGCUCAAGUUUAACGAAAAUGACAAGCGAUCGCCGCAGCACUUUCUCUACCAGAAGGGGAAACCUGUUGAUUACUUUGUACUCAUCCUGCAGGGUCGGGUGGAGGUGGAAGCUGGAAAUGAGAACAUGAAGUUUGAGACCGGCCCGUUCUCCUACUACGGGGUCAUGGCUCUGAGCUCUUCAUCGCUGGAGUUUCGCUCUCCGUCGCACGCGGGGAACCUGAACCGCUCGGCGUCUCUGAGCUGCACCGAACGCGCUCAGGAGAGCGGCUCUAUGAGCGGGAGCAACACUCAGAUCCCAGGAACCCCGUUCCAGUACAUCCCAGACUUCAGCGUUCGAGCUCUGGCUGAUCUUCAGUACGUCAAGGUCACCCGCGCUCACUACCAGAACGCUCUCCUGGCGUCCAGGUUGGACAGCACGCCGCAGUCUCCAGAGGGCAGCCACGCCCGCUUGGAUAUUUCCAUUUCCUUGCCUCCAUUGACGCCUCCAGAAACUAAAACCCCGCUGGCUCUGGCCACGCCCCCUGGCAAGCACCCGUCACCCAACUCCCAGCCCACGCCCCAGAGCGCCCGCGCCUCCUUCACCGUGGGCUCCGCCGGCCGCAGGUCGAGCCAGGUCUUACCCCAGGCCACGCCCCCUCCGAGCAACCACACCCCUCCCUCCUGCGUGGGCGCGCUGCCAUGUGCUCUGAAACCUGCUGUGGGCUCAUCGCUUCCCUCCAAACCCCAGCAUUCCCCGCCGUCCGACAGCGGACCAGGAGAGACCACCACUCUGCUCAGUGAGCAGCCGAACUGCGCGGGCCUCCGCCGGCCCAGUUACACCCAGUCCUCCCAACAUGUCCACACCAUCAGUCACACACACACUGAAAGCACCAUUUAACUUCAGAGAGCUGUCUGUUCCAUACCUUGCACUACUAAAAAAAAAACAACCAAGGAUCAGCACCUCUCUGCUCUCCACCAUCACUCCUUGCAUGUUCCCAUCCCUACACUGACUAAAGACCAGGAACGCGGUACAGAGUGGGAACAGCAGGGAGUCUGAGGGGCCCCGUUUGGGGAUGUAUUUUCUUGAAGGACCAGUCCGACCAAAAAUCAUCUACCUUUGCGUUUUAGCUUGAUCUGCACAGGCGGCGUGUCUGCCUCUGCCGUGCUACACUGGAGGUAAAUGGAAGACGGAUUUAGCUGCUUAUUGUAGAAGGUUGCACAGCUGAAGGAGAGGCGUGAGCUUUACACUGCCCCCUUCUGGUAGCAUGUUGAAUUGCCUUUUUAGACAAAAAAAAAAAAAACCUUUUGUUGAGGUUUUUAAAUUUCAGCAAAAAGAAAAGUCACAACCAUCGGAUACCUCCAGCUUAUUUAGUUUUGACUCAAUUUAAAAAUGCUUUAUAAUUCAUAAAGUAAAUAAAUAAAGUAAAAAAUUAUAUAUAAA